AACUCUAUAUACUCUGCAAGUAUAUUUGAAUAUUUUCCACUUAACAAAACAAACAAGUUGUUUUGGCUAUGGAGAAGAGGAGCAGAUCGUUUCCGGCAGAUUCAUACCCAUGUUCAUACACAGAAGCCCGGUUCGGGUUCGAGGACCGGGAGAAGUCUUACAGCUUUAACGGGCCGAACGAUAACCCGGAGGUGAAGAGGAGGAAGAGGGUGGCUUCCUACAACAUGUUCUCAAUGGAAGGCAAGCUCAAGUCAUCUCUUAGGAACAGCUUCAAGUGGAUCAAGAGCAAGUUCACCGAUGACUACUUUGAUUCUUCGACCUGAUCGAUGAAUACAUAACAAGGAUCCGGCUUCUCAGCUGUUCAAAUCCGGACUACAUAAAGCAUCCAACUGCAUUUCGGCCAUUAAAAGACUCUUGUCGGUCAGAGCCUCUUAACAAAUCUAAGUUAUUGAAAGUACUUUUAUUUGGGCAAUCGAAAUUGUACAAACAGCUCUCUGUAGUCCAAAUCCAGAUUGCAGGGAGGCCAAAUUCUGUAUACAUGUAGGUCGAUCUCUCUCUCUCUCUCAUGAAAGAUGUAUGUCUAGUGUGGUCAUAUUGUUGAGUUUUGUGUAGUCAAAGUUUAAUUUUCGAGCGUGCUAUUAUUUAUUUUCCGUUGUGGCUA